AUGCUUGUAUCACUUGAAGGCCGUGUCCGUUCUUCUCCUACCGCCUUUGCCGGUGAAAUGCUUGGCCUGCAUUUCGAAACCUUAUUCUCAAAACUAAGCAGUACUCACGAGAAAAUGAUGCCACUUCAGCUAAUCCGCCGCCUGUCGUUCAAACAUCGUAGAAACCAUGAGAACGCAGAGAAGGUCACCACAAACACAAUGCGCAAAGCAUCGUCGUGUAAGGGACUGGGACGCAGUGGCGAAAAGCUGGCAGGACAUGUAGAAGACAAACCCCGCCUGUCGGAUGAUCUACUUCUACGCAUUGUCGACCAGUGUGAUAUCAUCGAGCAAAUCCGACUGAGAGCUAUCAACAAAGCGGUGAAGAAUCACGUCGAUAACAAAAUUAAAAAGAUCACCCAUAUCAGUGUCGAGAAACGCGAUAUCGACACGGCAACCGGUGGAGAUUGGACACGCCAUCGACACGCUCAAGUGUCUCUGAAGAUGCGCCGUAAUACGGCGGAAAUCGUGGUUGACUCCAGAUGGACAGCACGAGAUGUGUCUACAGUGGUGGCGGCAAUGAGCAUCUAUCGAAAGACUAUACUCGAGGCCAUCAUCGAUGCGCCAAUUGCUGAAUUGCUGGUCGUCUCUCUAUCAGCUCUCGAUUUGAAUCGAUGGUAUGCCUUCCAAUGCUAUAUGAAGGCAAUGGAUGUAUUCGAUGAAGACAUGCACAUGGACUGCGAUUUUGUGAAUCCCGGAGAGGUCUAUUGGCCUCUUAUUCAAAACCUCACCGUUCGCACUACGGAACAACAAGCGCCACAUCUGGCUAGAGUGAUCGAUUACGGUGUACAGUGUAACUGGGUGUUGGAUCGUCGGAAUCUCUGUCGAUUGAGAAUCGUUUUCACCGAUCUGGACGCUACACCGUCCCGAAAGACGUCGCGACACCUCUACCACUUCAGGUGCUGGGCCGGUUCAGCGGGUUUCGAUCAUCGCUAUGAGCAGCAGCUGGCUCCAGCCAAAGCACAAAGCGUCAUGAUUUGA